AUGCGAAGUAUUAUUAUAAUCAUAUUAUGUGCUAUAGCACUUGCUGACAUACUGAAUGAGUUCAGUGGAGAUGUUGAUAUCUAUGACAUGGGUCGAAUAGGGAGAGGGAAGAAUGCUGGUAUGUGGCAACACUCCUAUGACAACGGAUAUGACAUCUAUUAUUAUCUUGCAAUGCAGCCAUGGAGACACUUUGUUUGGACUUAUAACGACAAUGGAGUUUGGGUGACUAAAACAAUGAAUGAAGAUAACAAUGUAGCUGAUUACACCAAAUUAGAUACAAACACCGAACAAGACUUUUGUCAAAAGGAUUAUGGGUAUCCCAUUAUGAAAUUUGAAAUUGACUGGGACAGAGUACCAACUGACGACACUCGACUGACUCAAGUUGAUGUGAAUGGAAAGACUUGUUAUCAGUAUGCUGCGAAAUCUCCACUGGUAUACGUAGUACUCUCAGCUAAAAGAGAUGAUGUGAAGAAGGACAAUUACGACAUAUGUCGAAUGGACUUCAUUGGUGGGAAGUCAGUGACAUUCAGAAGCUUUAAUGGACUUAAUGCGCAAUUUGUGAGUGAUUAUUAUACAAACAUGACAGCCAAAUGUGUUAAGCAAUUUACUGCUAAUAAUGUGAAUAGUGAGUUAGCACUUGUCUUUGGUAUCAGUGACAAAGCUGCACUUAAGAAUGUACAAAAUGCAUUUGGGAAUUACAAGAAUCUCGCCACAAUAACAGACGUCACUGUUUAUUACUUAACAGGCGAAGCUUAUUCAAUAGCAAAGACAACUCUUUCUAAUUUGAAUUAUGACUUCCUUUCAUCAUUCGAACCAGUGAAAGGGAAAGUUGACUCUUUGAUCAUUGCUGCACAAAGAGACUUGGCAGACAAAGUCAGUAAAAAGUCUAUAAAAAGAGGUACUAUAUUAGUUUUGACUGAUGAAGGCAUAUCUCGUGAAUUUACAGCGUCUACUGAUUUCGAUAAAAAGAAUUUAACAGUGCAUGUCGUCUCUUUGAAUACCCAAGGAAGUGCUAUGACUGCCAAAUUAACAACUUUGUUGUCACUUGGAGAUCACUUCCACGAGACAAGCGAUAAGACACAAAUAGAGGCUGUGAUCAAUGACGCUUUUGUUGGCAUUCGAGCGAAUUUAACGGAACGGUGCGAUAGAACAAAGUGCAAUGGAUUUUGUGAUGCCAAGAAUCGAUGCACAUGUCCAAUGUGUUGUGAGAACACUUGUUAUUACUCAUACUGUGAUACUACAACUGCUUCAUGCACACCUUGGCCACCAGCAAAUCCAAAACAGAAGAUUGUAUGUCCAUCGACUUGUGUUGGUGACUACACAUGUAAUGAUAUGGAAGGCUGUGUGGUAAGUCGGUAUAACACUUCAUGUCAACCCCCUGUCAGCUGCAUGAGUACGACAUGCCCAAAUAAUCAAGUCAGAGAUACAUGCAAAUUGGUCGAUAACUGCCAACAAGAUGACACACCCGCUGCUGAUGGAUAUUGUUGGACUUACAAAUGUGAUGCCAUUUCUGGUUAUUGUAUUAAGAAUACCAGAGGAACGAAUAAAUGUCCGUUGAAAACGUCGAAUUGCCAACAAUACAAGUGCAGUGCUGAUUUGACGUGUACAGUCGAGACGAAAGUCUGUGUGAAGACUAUGCCUUAUAUAGAGAUGGAUUGUUAUAUUGCAAAAUGCAACGAAAAGACUGGGCAAUGUGAGAACAAAUUGAGUUGUGAUGUCUACUCCUCAUGUGGUGGUGAUACUUCUGGAGAAUCGAUCUGUUACUGUAAUGCCACAACAAACAAUAUCUGCAAAUGUGAUACUAAGCCGAAUGGAGUCUACUGUAAUGAUAACACUCAGAUCUGUGAUUACACUGGUGAUACUCCAAAAUGUGUCAACUCGAUUUGUAAAGAAGAUUUAACUAUUAAAGACUGUAUGGUCUCUUCAUGUAAUGAAACAACGGGACAAUUAAUAUGGAACCCAAUUACAUGUACUGGAACGGUCCCCGCAGAUACCAAUUGUGCUAAUAUGUAUGUCUAUGGAUGCACGAACAAUGUAUGUACCGUAGUUCAAAAAGUGACUGAUUCCGAAUUAAAUGUGAAUUGUGGGAUAUGUAAAUGGGACGCGACACAGAACAAAGUUGUGUUUACCACAACAUGCACUUCUUUGCAAUCGUCGUGUGGAGGAUUCAAUGGCGUUUGCAGUGCAAAUGGAAUGAUGUGUAUGUAUCCAAACCAAGUGAAUGGUGUAACUCAAGACCCACAGACCUUCUGUCAAGUCUGUUUACCAUUGACCUGUGGAGGGGAUAGUACUGUUUACAAAUACACAUAUGAUACAACAACUGGGAAGUGUAGUUACGCUAUGAACAAAGUCCCUCAAUGUUCCGUCUGUGAAACAAGCACUGGUCUCUAUACCUCAGUCUGUGACAAUAUCAAGUUAGAGAAGACUUGGACUUCGAAGAGUGGGGCUAAUAUCACUUACAAAAUUCCAAAGGAUUGUAGGAACAAUCAGUGCAUCCCAAGAUACCCAGUAACUUGUUUGGAAGAAGAACUCUUUGAAGACGUUUUUGCUCAGUUUGGGGUAUGUAUGGACUAUCUCAAGGCGUCUUAUCAUUAUUCGUCCAAAUUAGAUACUUACAACUUUGUAUAUGGCUUUGCACAGAGUGAUGAAUUCAUGGCUGAAGCAGACGCAGAAGCCUAUUGUGAAUGGAGUUUUGUCGAAUCCAAUUGCAAGCGAUGUUUGAUAACACCAAGUGGUGGAGAAGAAGAAGCCAAAUUUGAAGUCUAUGAUGAUUGUCCUCGGGACAACGGAGGUGUUCAGUAUAUCUGUACUUCCAAUGAGUGUAAAGUUGACCCCGACUUUAAGUGUCAACCUGAGAAUUGUAUAGUGAAGGCUUUAGUUAUAUUAGAAAAUGGCAGUAACACAUGUGAAGAUGCCUAUUCAUUAUGUACACAACAAAAUACAAAGGUAGAGUCUAUCAGGAAGUCCGUCUAUGAUAAUUAUGAUAAUGUGGGAAGAUCUAUGAAAUGUGAUUCGACGACUUGUGUCUCAAAUAAAUGCCCAACAAGUGCCAAUUCCAAUUGUGACCAAUUUGAAGAGAAUCACGACUAUGGCUGCAGACUCCCAACUUAUGAAUGUGACAUUGAAAAUGGAUAUUACUGCAAAUUCAAGACUAUUAAUAUGACCAACCCAUCACAAGAUAACAUUUACUUUACAACUCGAGAUGGCGUCCAUUUUAAUAACAAAUGCUUUGAAUACAAAUGUGUAGAGACUUGUACGGGAGGGUCAUCGACUUAUGAAGGGAGUAUAUUAGAUACAGCAACUCAGAUGACUUGUACACACAAAUGGGUAGUUACUAAAGAUGUAUCGAAACCAGCAAGUCGAAACCUUUGUGAAGAAGCGACUUGUGACACAACAACAGGUCUUCCCGUCUAUACAGACAAGUCGUGUAUUGUCUCUGAAGAGUUCCCGACUUUAACUUCAAACCAAGCUCGAUGUUUCUAUUGUCAGUGCUCGUAUGUAGAUGGCACUGCUUCUCUUGUAAUGUUUGCUGAUACUGAAACAGAACAUUACCAAUUAGAUGCAUGUGGUAAUUGUAUGGUGAUGAAUCAAACAGAUCGAACACAACAAUUGAACAACAAGGUCGAAUGCAUUCUAGCUGGCGAAAUCAAUAACACCGGUGCUAUCGCUGCAGCAACUACUGUCGCUGCUGUAGUCGUAGCCCUUAUUGUUGCACUCAUAGCAGUGUCUAUUGGCCUUUUUAAGACGUAUCAAUUGGUCAGUUCCGCAAUGAAGAACGUCGUCAACGUCGCGAAUGAAAACACGCAAUUUAAGGCUGCAGAAAACGUCGCCGCGAACACCAACUUUAACGAGUAA